AUCUGUGGCACAGUUAAAGAUAAGAAUUAAAUGACAUUAAAUUACUUUCUGUAGUAUUAUAUGCAGUAUCAUAUAAUUAUUUGCAGUAUUACUUGCAAUAUUAUAUGCAGUAUCACAGUAUUAUUUGCAGUAUCAUAGUAUUAUUUGCAGUACUUUCUGCAGCAUCAUAGUAUUAUUUGCAGUAUUUUCUGUAGUAUUAUAUGCAGUACUUUCUGCAGCAUCAUAGUAUUAUUUGCAGUAUUUUCUGUAGUAUUAUAUGCAGUAUCAUAAAAUUAUUUGCAGUAUUAUUUACAGUAUUAUAUGCAGUAUCACAGUAUUAUUUGCAGUAUCAUUGUAUUAUUUGCAGUAUUAUUUGCAGUAUUUUCUGCAGUAUCAUAGUGUUAUUUGCAGUAUUUUCUGCAGUAUUACAUGUUGUAUCAUAGUAUUAUAUGCAGUAUUAUAUGCAGAAUUAUUAGCAGUACCAUUUGCAGUAUUUUGUGCAGUACCUGCUGUUGUCCGGCGCUGCGUUCUGCGCAUGCUCGGCCUUGGGUUUGGGUGGAGUUAGCCGUUAGCUCGGAGCUAGCAGCAGAGUGUAAUGGCGGCCUCAGUGUUGCUGGGCUCUGGAGACAACACCGGACUCUCCUUCACGGUGGGAGGAAGCGGCGGCGGCACCGGGAAUGUGCUGGUCGGGAACAAUAACGGCCUGGGCCCGGUGGGUCCGGCGCCCUGGAACCGGUCUCUGGACCGGGCUCUGGACGAAGCCUCGGCCACCGGGAGCCUGAACCUCAGCGGGAGGAAGCUGAAGGAGUUCCCGCGGAGCGCCAGAGACCACGACCUGACUGACACCACCCGGGCCGACGUGUCCCGUAACCGUCUGUCGGAGCUUCCUCUGGAGCUCUGUCUCUUUGUGUCUCUGGAGAGUCUCAACCUCUACCAGAACUGUCUAAGGUCUCUCCCAGACAGUCUGCUCAACCUGCAGGCCCUCACCUACCUGAACCUCAGUCGGAACCAGCUGUCUGUCCUCCCUGCGGUAGUCUGCAGUCUUCCUCUGAAGGUUCUGAUCGCCUGCAACAACAAGCUGGUUUCUCUGCCAGAAGAAGUGGGUCAGCUGAGACAGCUCACUGAACUGGACGUCAGCUGUAACGAGAUCCAGACUCUCCCGCCUCAGGUGGGUCAGCUGGAGAAUCUACGAGACCUGAACAUCAGGAGGAACCACCUGGUCCGCCUGCCCCCAGAGCUGGCUGAGCUCCCUCUGGUGCGUCUGGACUUCUCCUGUAACAGAGUGACCUCUCUGCCUGUGUGUUACCGCCGCCUGACACAGCUGCAGACCAUCGUCCUGGACAACAAUCCUCUGCAGACGCCACCUGCACAGAUCUGUAUUAAAGGGAAGGUGCACAUAUUUAAGUUUCUGAACCUGGAGGCCAGUAAGACGACCCCCGACCUGCCCGACUACGACAGACGACCUUUGACCUUCAGCUCCUGUGUGGAUGAGCUGUACCCGGGCCGUCCGUACGGAGCACUGGACUCCGGCUUCAACAGUGUCGACAGCGGAGACAAGAGGUGGUCGGGGAACGAGCCUACAGAGGAGCUGUCCGAGCUGCCGCAGCGAGUCGCUGAGAUCAGCCGAGACCAGAGACAGAGAGGAGGAGCCGCCCUGCUGGCCAACGGCACACAUGUGGAGCUGGAGCAGAUAGACUUCAUCGACAACUGUGUGGGGGAGGAGGAGGAGGAGGAGGGGAGGAGUCGUGGCGGCGGCGGCGGUGGCGGCGGUGACACGGCCAGUCUGAGCUCUCAGUUCAUGGCCUACAUCGAGAGACGCAUCACCAGAGAGGGUUCUCCAGUAAAAACCAACUCGAGGACAGACGACACGAGGAGACACAGCAGGAGUGUGGUGGACGGUGUGACGGCGCCCUCUAGAGGUUCAGGGGGGGUGGAGAGGAUGAGGAGGGAAGCUCAGCUCGCUGCUCUGAGGUACGACGAGGAGAGACACAAGAACCGAUCUCUGCAGAAAGACUCCGUCACCAGCUACACCAAGCUUAGAACAGCUCAGAGUCCAACAAAGUCGAGUCCAGACAGCGAGACCGUCUACCCCUCCAGACGCUCCACCCACACAGAUGACUCCGCCCUCUUCAUGGGAGAGGACAGAGCUGCUCUGUCUCCUACAGCCAAUCAGUCGCCUUCAUACCCCAGCUCAGGGGGCGGGGCCUCUUGUCGGACAGCCGGCCUGAGACCAGAGAGCUUCCUGUUUCGCCUGGGACAGAAAGAAGAGAAGAGGAAAGGUGACGCGUCUCCUCAGGACGAGGCUCCUGCUGCUCCUACUCUGGCUGGACAUGAUGCUGAGCUGGUGGAGCAGCUGAGGAAGAACAUGGAGUCCCGUCUGAAGGUAUCCCUCCCCAGUGAUCUUGGAGCGGCUCUGACGGACGGCGUGGUUCUCUGUCAUCUGGCCAAUCACGUGAGACCUCGUUCCGUCCCCAGCAUCCACGUCCCCUCCCCCGCCGUGCCUAAACUCACCAUGGCCAAAUGUCGACGCAACGUUGAGAACUUCCUGGAGGCGUGUCGCAGGAUCGGAGUCCCUCAGAGUCAGUUGUGUCUCCCUCUGCACAUCCUGGAGGAGCGAGGGCUCCCUCAGGUGGCCGGGACUGUCAGCGCCCUGCUGGAGCUGGCCCCGCCCCGACACCCCGCCCCCGCUGCCGUCACCGCCACGCCUGGGCCCGCCAGCAUGUAGACAACACCACCGCCACCGCACACGCUCAGUCAGCCUCCUGUCACGCUCCUGACAGUCUGUGUUAGAGUCUGCAGCAGGUUGAGAGAAACCUUCAGAUAAACCUGAUCAGAACAGCAGCAGGAUGGACCUGACCAGACAGACAGCUGGAGACUCAACCACACGUAUAAUAAAUAACAGAUCAAUAUCAGAUCAAUUAUAGAUCAUUGAAUAAUAACAGGAAGACACGAUGAUGCGUUCAGGUGACGAAAUCUGACAAGUAGAAAUAAAUGUAGAGAUAAAAUUUUAUAAAUAUAUAGCAAAACAAGAAAUGGAAUUUUUUUUGCAUUUAUUUAGGUAUUUCUGUUUAUUUUCUGUGCUUUUUAAAUUUAUUUUUACAUUUCCACAUGUAUUUAUUUAUGUUCCAAAUUAUUUUUUUAUUUCUACAUUUAUUUUAUUUUUUUGUUAUUUCUACAUUUAAUAAAUAAAUAUAGGAAUUAAUACAUAAAGAAAUAAUUAUGGAAAUGAAAAAAAAUAAAUGUGGAAAUAAAGUAUUUACAAUGAAAUAAAUGCAGAAAUACCUAAAUAAAUAUUACAAUAAAGAAUUUCCAUUUAUUUUUUGAAUGUAUUUAUAUAUAUAUAAAAAUUUCUACAAUUAUUCAUUAAUUUAUUUUGACGGCACACAAAGGCAGCAAACAUCCUGAUCUCAGUGCUGGAACUAAAAUAAUUUCACAGUAAGACACUAAAAGCUUUGACCGGCAGGAAACUGUUUCUGCUUUAAUUCAUCAAACUGAAUUUAUCGUCACUUUGCUUUUCACGAACAGAUACAAAAAAACAGAAUUAUUUUUAUAAUUUUACUCUCAAUAAAAAAAGCAGUUUUAUAUUUUCUGACUGUAAAAUUAUUGUUAUUAAUUAUUCAGAGAUUAAAAUUUUAAUAUUAACAUUAAAGUAAUUGUUUUUCACUAAACUUAAAUUCAACAUCAGAAAAAAACCUGGUCGGACAUAAUGCUAAUGUAGCAUAAUGCUAAUGAAGCUAAAUGUUAAAGUAGCUAAAUGCUAACAAAGCUAAAUGUUGACGUAGCUUUAAUGGAAACAGAAAGCUAACAAACGUACUGACAGUUGUUUUUGAUGACACUAAUGUAGCAUCUAAUGCUAAUGUAGCUGUUUGGAGAUACGCUAACGUAGCCCACAGGACAGAAUAGCUAAACGGUAUGUAGAUUAAGCUUACAGAGCUAGCUGUAAACAUUAGCUGACAUUGUAGUUUGUUUUUGAGUUGCAGCUAAGUUAGCUCAGUGCUAAUGAAAGCUAAGCUAAUAUUAGCUAACAUUAUAGAGCUAGUUGGUCGUUUUGAUAAAGUUAGCACAGCUAGCAUUAGCUAAUAUUAAACUACUUGGUUUGGGGUUUAAAGAAUGCUAAUUAGCAUGAAAAUGCUAAUAUGAGAUCUCACAUUUAAUUAGCUAAAAUUAGCUUUUAGGACAGUUAGCUGCAGUGUUAAACAUCAGCUAACAAUUUAGAUAUGACGCUGAUGUAGCUUCAUGCUAAUGCUACAUGCCAAAGUUGGUUUGGACUAACAGUGAAUUGAGCUGUAAAUGCUAAUGUAUGCUAACAUUAUGAACACAGCGUGUUUGGAGGCUAAGCUAACACAGCUAGCUUAGCUAAGAGUCGAUGCUAACGUAUCUUCAUGCUGAUGUAGCUUCAUGCUAACGUAGCUUCGUGCUAAUGUUAGCGGUUGAAUCUUCAGCUGUUUUUUUUCGUCAGAUCCAAACGAGUUUCAUGUUUAAAUCUUUUCUGCGUUCUGAUUGGAGGUCGGUGUGAUGACAUCAUCGAUCAUGUGACUCUGUUCAGUUUUUAUACGUUUUUUUAUUUUUCUGUUCCUUCAGUUUUUAAUGUUGUUUUGACCUAUAAUGACCCCUUUAAUGAUAUUAAUUAUUAAUGCAUCUUAAUGACUCAUAAAAUAAUAAAUAAUUCAUAAGAAACAAAUUAUAUAUAAAUAAAUGAAUGUAGUUAAUCAUUUUGGGGAAAUAAACUUUAUUUAUGCAGCAACAACAGAAAACCGAACAGAAAAUGAAUCAGAUCAACAUUAAAUAUCUUGAAUGUUUUUUUUAUGUCACAUUCAAUUUAUUUAUUAAAAAAAACAUUUAAAUUUCACCUGCAGCUCCACAAUACAACAAUAAAUGGCUUUUAUUGUGAAAAGCUGUCAAAUUAAUAUUUAGAUUUCAAGAAAAAGAUGAAGAAACACUAAAGUUUAUUUAUUCAGUUCAUGGAGUCACAGGACGCCAAAAACAGUCUGAGUAUUAUUAAAAUAAUGUAGAAAUACAAAAAUUAAUAAGACAAGUAAUUAUAAGCAUUUUGACAGCAUUACUGUUUGUAUUUUUAAAGAUAUAUAGAUGAAAUAUUUCAGCAGUUUGUCUGGUACAAACAGGACUGGAGGCAUUUUCAUCUCCAACACUAAAUAAAUAUAUAGUAAAUAACAUAUUUAUAUUUAUUUUCAUAUAUUUAAAAAUACAAACAUGAAUAUAAACAUAAAUAAUUUUUUUUAUUUCCACAUUUAUUUUCUUAUUUUACAGAUUAUUCUGUUUCUGGCUCCUGUGAUAAUAAAAGUAAAAUAGUAAAUAUAUAAAUAUGGAUCAUUAAUAAUUAAUCAGACGUCCUGCUGUGAUUGGUUAAAUCCUCCUGAUGUGACUGUUCAACAGUUUAUUAAAUAUUGGUGUACAAAUAUACUCUGUAAAUAUAUACAUAUAUGCUGUAUAUAGAUAUAAAUAUCAAAGGUCACAGGAGCACCACAAAAUAAAAUAAGGACGAGAAAACAGACGUGGAAAUAUAAAUAAAAGGGGGGGGAUAUAAUCAUUUUCUUAUUUUCACAUUUUGUUAACUAAUUUCUGUGUAUAUUUAUGUAUUUCUUUUUAAAUGCAUACUUUGGAUAACAAGGAAAGUAUAUUUUAAUAUAUUUUAAAAUAUGUAUUUAUUGCAUUACAACAAAAAAAUAAUUUUUUCAAUAUAUAUUCAAAAAAUAUAUUUCUUUUAAAAAAUCUCAAAAUUAAACGUAUAUUUUAGAAAAAAGUAAAUAUAUACAUAAAUUAAUUAAUAAUAAAUGUGAAAAUAUUUCCACAUAUAUAUUAAUAAUAAUGUUUUAUUUUAUAUUUCCACAUUGCUUUUCUCACUCUUAUUGGUUGUUGUUGUUUAUGCUCCUGAGGCUCCAUCAGAAACGUUUUGUUGUUGUUUUUAAAGGUCGUGGUGGGUGGAGCUUCCCGCUGUGAUGUCACUAGGUCACUAAAUGCUGUUCAAGGGGUGGAACACACUACAAUCAUGUAAACAAACUUUGUGUUUGUUGUUUUCAGACAUUUUUUGCCUUUUUCUUCUCAUACACUUUGUUUGUUUGUUUGUUUACAGUCUGUUUAUUUCAUGUUGACCGUCUUCAGUGGAACAGACACAAAGUUCAGUUUAUAAUUUAAAGACUUUUUUAUUGACAUGUUAGUGCUGCGUUCAGGUGGCGUGGGACGUUUCUGUCGCCUGUCGCAGGUUCAGCUCUCUUCCUGUGAGGCAGAACUCGAGGCCGGCGGCCCAAUCAGGAGGUUCUGUGAUUGACAGUCGUGCUGUCCAAUCCUGAGCCUCGGUGCGACAGGUGUUCUCUGACUGACCGACAGGUGGCGCCACGGCUGUACAGAAGUUUAUGUUUCCCUUUGUGGGUUUCUCCUGUGGCGGUGAUGUGGUGGCGGCGGGUCAUGUGACGCGGUGGCGGUGGAGGCGCAGGUCACAUGACGACCGUGUGGGUUCAGGACAUUCCACCGUUUCUCUGGAGGACGAACAGACUUUCACAGUUUUUAAGUUUUCCAUUUUUUCACUUUGUGUUAUUUUUUGCUGAAACUGUAUAAAAGAUUUGAACACUUUGUCUGUAUGAGAGUUAAGUUUAAGUGCUUUAAAUAAAUAUUUUAAUUUGA